AUGAGAAUCUCAGUUGUUACUGCCCUGGCGGUCUUUGCCGGCGUGACCACCGCUCAGGUCAACGCAGAUGCCAUUUGUCAGACCCUCGACACCCUGACCGCCAAUGUGAACGGUCUCAUCGGCCAGGCGCAGUCUCUCAGCAUCCUGAACGCGCCACUUGCCCUUGUCGGCCAGGGACCACUACCCGUUGUUGUGAAUGGCCUCGCACAAGUCGUCAACAACAUCACCACCUGCCUGACACAGCUGCAGCCGCAGGAGAUCGUAGGCGAUGCCGCCACAAGCAUCGUCACCAGCUUCGGCCAAUUUGCCCAGGCUCAGACGACGCUGCUCAAUACCCUGGCCAGCAAGGCCGCACUGUGCCUCAACCUCCCGUUCAUCCUGUCGCCCAUCACUUCUCUACUCGGUGGCCUGGACGGCUCCGUCAAUGCCUUGGCCAAUAAUCUCGUCCAGUGUCUGGAUGACAUUACCGGCGGCGCCAUCACUGACGACAUGGGCCUACUGAACGGUGUCCUCGGCGACACACUCAACAGAUACUCUUAA